AUGGAGAGCUUCAUGGAGUCCCUGAACAGGCUGAAAGACAUCCAUGAGAAGGAGGUCCUGGGCCUGCAGAACAAGCUUCUAGAACUGAACUCAGAGCGUUGCCGGGAUGCCCAAAGGGUAGAGGAGCUCUGUGCCAAGAACCACCAGCUCAGGGAGCAGCAGAAGGCUCUGAAAGACAACGUGCGGGUGCUGGAGAACAGGCUGCGGGCCGGCCUGUGCGACCGCUGCACUGUCACCCAGGAGCUGGCCAGGAAGAAGCAGCAGGAGUUCGAGAGCUCCCUCCUUCAGAACCUGCAGCACCUCUUCAUCCUCACCAAUGAGGUGACCCGACUGCAGGAGGAAAAUGAGACCUUGAAGGAAGAGGUGGCUCAGCUUCGGUGCCUGGGACCCAAGCCCCAGUGCAGGGAGGGCUCCUCGGACCCCUCCUCACCCCCACUGCUCAUCUCCCCGGGCCCCUGGAAGGCCAGCACCGAGGAGCUGCCAGGAGGCCACGAGGAGGCCGAGGACCACCCCCCAGAUGCGGAAAAGCUGGGGCACAGGAUGUCUCCAGUGGCCAAAAUCUCCCCGGGUGCCAACCUGCCCGAGCCACGGGCCUCAGACAUGAGCCCUCAGCAUAUCUCCAACCAGCUGCACGGGACCAUUGCUGUGGUGCGGCCGGGGGCCUGGGCCUGCUCCACUGACCGGGGCUCCGCCAAUGGGACGCCCUCUGCCCAGAGCAGCCCACCCAGCCUGCCUUACGAGCACAGCCUCUCCCUGGACAGCUUCCUGCGGGCCUCUCGGGCCUCCGCCAGGUCCUCCGAGUCCCUGAAGCACGCCCUCCAGGCUGACCGCCUCUGCCUCCUGAAUCGCCCUCUGUCCCUGCACCUUCGGAGCCCCCAAAGCAGCCCCCGGGCCCCCGCCGCAGCCCCUGACGGUCCCCAGCCCCAGACCCUGACGGCCGGAGAGGCAGAGGCCUGGGAGGCGCCCUCGGGCCUGCUGGGCCUGCCGGGCACCCUGGUGGACAUGCAGGAUCCUCGGCUAGAGGGAGCACUGAGCCUGCUUCUGGCCCAGCAGCUGCGGGCACGGGGACAGGCUGGUGGGGCCAGGAUGAGGGGGGCCCCCAGGCCAGGGGAGACGCUGCCCUCCCCUCCAAUCGGUUCCGACUCCGAUGGGUCAGAGAGCGAGGUGACCAGGGCAGCCCUGCCCAGGGGGCAGCACCAGCAGCCCGCAGGCCCAGGCAGCCCCAGCGGAAAGGAGGCCACCGCCACAGAGGACCUUGUUCCAGACAAGCCCCUGGACCUCUCCGAGUGGGGGCGGGGCCAGGAUGCCCCCAAGCCCUUGGGCCGGCCUGGGAGGUUCAGCCCCCAAACUGCCCACACUCCCAGCCCUGAGCCACCCCAGGGAGCGAAGCCACUUGCCCAGUCUGGACCUUGGGGGCGAAGCAAUGGCACCAAGGGGGCCAGAGCACCAGGGCCAGAAGAGGCCUCCAUGCCCGAGGACUGCCCACAUCCUCUCCCAGAGCCCCAGCCCAGCCUGCUGUCUCCAGGCAGGACAGGAGAUGGGUCCAGAGAGAGGCCAAAACCAUCCCCCCACCCACAGAGGCCUGAUGCCAGUAGCCACCCAGGUAAGGAGCUCAGCAAGGCCCAGGCACAACGGCCGCUGUCGGACAAGCUGGAUGAGCCAGACGCCUCGGACAGUGAGGUGGGCCUGAGCCCGGAGGCGGGGGCCACAUCCAGCACCCCGGGGGCGGGGCCCCGGUGCUUCUGCACCAAGGAGCCUGGGCAGGGCCCGCCACAGAAGAGGAAGUGGGCCCAGGCCUCUGACCUGUGGGACAAAGCCUCCAAGAAGCUGUCCUGAGGGAGAAGGAACCCCAAGUGCGCCCUGACAGCAGCUGAAGGGCCCAGGAGCCCAAGACCCCAAGGACGACGGCCCCGCACCCAGCAACAGCAACUGGGA